UUCUGUUAUUCCCCAACAAGUCUCCAGACUUGUUUAUAUGUAUGACUGUAGUCUGUGUAUAUAUUCUUUGAUAGUAUUUGAGUGAUAUUUGAAUUAUUGAUAUCAAAAAUUACAAAUUUAUCUCGACAAUAUUGUAUUCAUAUCUACCGUCAUGAUAUUUCUCAGUAAUAUAUUAAUAUAAAACAUUAAUGGAAUUAUCAUGUUCAUAAUAUAAUUAUUAAACAUACAUUUGUAUAGUAGAUACAUUGUAAUAUGGAUAAAAGUUUACUCAUAUAAUAAUUAUUAAAUUGUUGUUAAUUUAAACUAAGGAGUUAAAAUUGUUUCAAUAAUUUUGAAAAGGGAGAGAAGAGCAGAAGAAAGAGGUAGAGUAGGAAACAAAUACUAUGUAUUUCUUAUUCUUAGAAAAGACUAGUUCUACUUAACCUAUAUCAGCAAUAUUCUAAAAUAAAUUAUAAUGAAGUUCACACAAUUAUUAUAUAAACAACACAUAGGUAAAGCAAUAAGAUAUUUAUGGCAACAUAAACGAGAAAGAUGUGUGCAAGUAACUAAAGCAGAAAAAAUUUUGAAAUCUAUGAAUUUUACAGUACAUGAUGCUACAGAAUUAAUAUCAGCAAAAAGAAUUGAACAUUCAACUGUUUUUAAUAAGUCAGAACCUAAUUCCAAUAGUAAAAGUUGUUUGAUAAUUGAAGAUUGGAAUGUUUUACAAGAAGGUGUACCACAAGCAUGUGUAUUAACGAAAACCCUAAAACUUGAUGAUGCAUUACCAAAGAAUAUACAAGAGCUAAUUACUGACGUUCCAGAUAAUAUAGAUAAUUUAUUAAAAAGAUUUGUUUAUACAUCUGUAAUAUAUGAUGCACAGCAAGUAAAAUUACCACGAUUGAAAGAUCCUAAUCGACCUGCUUGGGUGUUUCCAAGAGUAUAUGGUAUAUCUAGUACAAGAAAAAUGCAUAAUUUAACAAAGAAGUUUUUACAACUUUGUGAAUCAUUAUGUGGAUUAAAUGAUGUACAAUACAAAUCAAUAGUUCAUGAUGGACUUGUAUCUAUGUGUAUAGGGAAAGAAAACGAUUUUAUUAAAUUUUCCUUAAAAAUGGAUAUAAUGAUGACAUCUUCGAUACCUCUAGCAUCUAUAGCUGGUGUAAAUAUGGAUAACAAAUAUGCAUUUCCUAAUCUUCACCCACUACAUUGUACUGUUGGUUUAUCUAAAUUAGAUAUUGAUAACACUGAGGAUUUAUAUCCAAUUGAUACGGAAUCGCCAUUAAUGAAUGUUCACACUAUUUUUAUAAAUCACAAUCUAGAAGAAGUUAAAAAUAUAACUGAAUUGCCAGUCACUGAAGAUCAAAUUCACGCACGUUCAAUGAUGAAAUCAUUUACUGUAGCAGCAACUUGUGCCCGACAAAAGUUUGGAUUAAAUGUGAAGAAGUUACCUGAACCUAUUGUUGUGCAAUGUGUUCAGUCAGAUGGACAAAAUUUUCAUUUCUCUGUAUACCAACUUAAUACCUUAGAUAUUGAUGGCAAAGAAGGAAUCAAAAAUUUUUGGUGGUCAGAACCAUCAAUAAAAUUAUAUGAAAAAGCUCUAUAUGAAAAUGGGCAACCUUGUCUUACAGGCUACAAUCGUGAUGUUUUUAAUAGAUUUCUUGCAUUUUAUAAAAAUAAAUAAAAUAAGAUAAUUAUUGACAAUAAA